AUGGAAGGACUCCAGGCAACUGAAGUUGUUCAGCCUUACUCCAGCAUGGCUGGUAAGCUUGACCCUAGACUUUUGAAGGCUCUCAACGUUAUGGGCUUCAAUGACAUGACGCCCGUCCAGCACCGCGUUUUGACUGAACUCCCUACCUGGCGCAGUGACUGCCUUGUCCAAGCCAAGACCGGCACAGGAAAAACAUUGGCAUUCCUUCUACCUGCGCUGCACUGCCUGCUGAAUGGAAACACCCCACCCAAGGGCAAAGUCGGCAUUCUGAUUAUCACACCUACUCGAGAACUCGCACAGCAAAUCGCAAAAUCAUGUGAUCAACUCACAUCACAGCUGGAGACUCGCCUUGAGUGCCACAUCGCUGUUGGUGGAACUGCGCGCGCAUCUGCGCAUUCUGCUUUCAUGAAGGGGUCGCCUUCCAUUCUGGUGGCAACCCCGGGCCGACUGACCGACUACCUCUCCGAAACUCCUACCGCCAAGAAGCUUUCUAGCAUCCAGACACUGGUUCUGGACGAAGCUGACACCAUGCUUGAGAGUGGAUUCAUCGCCGAUGUCAAGCGGAUUCUCCAGCUCAUUCCCCAGAAGAGCACUGGAUGGCAGGGAAUGUGCUUCUCAGCCACUGUCCCUCCCAAGGUCAAGGAUGUUGUCAAUGUUGUGCUCCGAAGGGACUACACCAGCAUUUCUACCAUUGACCAAAAUGAAUCACCAACACACGAGAGAGUGCCCCAGUACUCUGUGCUGAUGCCAUCCGUGAAAGAUACCUUUACCACUCUUGCAUCUCUUCUCAAGCACGAAAUCAAGAAAGAAUCCAAGAAGAUCAUUGUGUUCGGUGUGACUGCGCACAUGGUUGGUCUCCUCGCAGGUGUGUUCUGCAAGGGUAUGGUUCACCUGAAGGUGUACGAGAUCCACUCCAGACUCAACCAGGGUGCUCGCACAAGAACCACAAACCAGUUCAAGGAGGCCGAGUCUGGAAUCCUGUUCGCCUCUGACGUUAUUGGCCGUGGAAUGGACUUCCCCAACGUCGAUCUGGUCAUCCAGGUCGGUUUGCCUUCCAACGGCGAGCAGUACGUUCACCGUGUUGGCCGUACAGCUCGCGCCGGCGCCGAUGGCCGUGCCAUCAUUCUCCUCACCGAGGGCGAGUCUUUCUUCAUGAAAAACAACCGCCAUCUCCCCAUCAAGCCCCACCCCGACUCCGAGGCCAUCAACGCGGCCGCUCCCGCUCUUAACAAGGCUGUUAUGGACGCCAUGUACACCAUCGAGGAAGAAUCCAAGCAGCGUGCAUACUCCUCCUUCAUCGGUUUCUUCGCUGGUUCCGGUCUUCUGCGCCAACUGCGUCUCGACAAGGCUGGUCUGGUCCAACUUGCAAACGAAAUGGCCGUCAAGGGUAUGGGAUGUCCCGAACCUCCUCCGAUGGACAAGAAGGUCAUUGGCAAGAUGGGCUUGAAGGGUAUCCCUGGCUUCACUUACGCUGACCCCAACGACUUCGACCGAAAGGGCGGUGGCAGACCCCGUGACCGCUCACAGGGUGGUCGCGGCGGCCGAAACAAGAGCCGCGAUGCGCUCAGCCCGGGAGCUGGUCGCGCUGACAGAGGCGGUGUUGAGAAGAAGCGCGGAGGAGGCCGCGGAGGCCGUGGUGCCCGUCGCGGUGGUGGUGGACGUGGAAAGCCCAGAUCCUAA